CGGACCGACCCACUAAUAGGCAGCCCAUGGAAUGAAUACAAAUAACUCAUUUCAUUUUCCUUCACCUUCUUCCAGAAACAUCCAUGAAUUGUUGGCCAAGCAAUUGAAGCAAAUCGAAGAGCAAUGGGUUGGGUGUGGAUCAACGACGAGCCUAAGCAUUCCGGCGCCAAUGAUUUCAGCGCCGUCAAGGAUUUUGCAAACCCUAGAUCAUCCUCCGGCAGCGACGGUGACGGCGGUGAACGAUGCGCUACCAGGAAGGUUGUGAGCACUCGAUGCCGAACCGAAGAGACCGAGCCAGGAAAAUUCAUCCGAAAGUGCGAAAAGACUGAGCAAACUUUCAAGGAUUGCAUUGGGAGGCCUUCUGAGAUAGUGGAGUCUAAUAAAGAAUACUCGGAGGAAGAUGUCACGGACCAAAUGACAAGUGAUUCACGUUCUAUAGAGUCAAGUGUCCCUUUUGACUUCCCUGGGCUGCGUAGUGAUGUUGAGAAUAUUGAGCGAAGCUUCUUCAGUGAACUUGAUCGUUUCUUUGAAGCAGCUGAGGAGAUAAAGAAUGGAUUCUUUGGUGCAUUCAGCAUUCCUCGCGUCUUUGAUGAUGACCGAUCAUCCUCACCUGAGAGACGUGGUAUACCCAUCGAAUCUCAUCCUCCUAAACCAAACAAGACCGAUGGAGAGGUCAAUCUUUCCGGCCUGGAUAAAGAUGUUUGAAGCAAUCAAGUAGAGAUCCUCUUAAGGCAUAUCACUCAUUAUUGCCAUAGAGUUGUGAAUAUGUUGCUGCUAUGUUUACGCACGCCAUAGAUUUUGUUUCUGUUCUGAACCUCUUGUAUAAGACUAGUUCAUAAAAAAAAAACAUACAAUUAUGCAUAUUGUAUGUUUAUACACAUUGUCUUAGUUUGAAAGACUAGCAUCUUUUUUUUUAA